AUGAGAACUAUAAAUAAAUAAUUCAAAUUGAAAGUGUUUAACGUCAAUAUAGUUCUUUUAUUGAUGCUUGCCUCAUUAAGUUGUGUUUAAAGCUAAUGUAUUGAAAUUACAGAUCAAAAAUAAUGUAAUCAAGAUUAAAGAUGUGAAUGGAAUUAUUGGGAACCUUCCAAAUGCCAAAACAUGUGCAGUCAAUUGAUCAAUUAAACUGCAUGCAACUAAGUAGCAAACUGUAAAUGGAAAGCCAGCUCAUCCUCUUGUUUGAAUAAAAAAAUGCACAGAAGAAUUAUAAAUGGAUGGUUGUCAUCAAAUUGUAUUUACUGCACUAAAUUAGGUGGCUUGCACUUGGAAGAAGUAAAAAUGUUGGGACUCAUCAUGCGUUGA